AUGGAGGGAAUUCAUGCCCCCGCAAAAGUGCAGGCCUCGACCGAUGAAGAAGUCAGGGAGAAGAUAGCAAUUCAAUCAAGGGAAAAAUAUGAUCAAGAACCAAAGCCGCUUCAAGUUGAAACGGUCCUAAAUCUCCUUCGUGGUCGAAAUACGUUCCUGCUAGCCGCGACUGGCUUUGGGAAAUCUCGAAUCUCAGAAAUGUACCUCCGAAUGCUUCCCAAAAACCCUCAUGGUGAUACCAUUGGGGUAGUAGUUGUGUUGAACCCUCUCGAUGCCCUUGGGGACAAUCAAGUUGAAGAAAAAGUCGCCGCUGGUUUCACAGCUAUCAACUUGACGAUGCCAAAUUUCUCUGAAGAAGUCUGUCUAGAUAUCCAGGAAGGCUUAUAUGACUUUGUCUACCUAUCACCCGAAAUGUUCCUUGAUAACGAAGCUUUCAGCAAUGUAUACUUCUCGCCAAAGUUUCAAAGUAAGCUGGCCUUGAUUGUGGUGGAUGAAGCCCACAUGAUCUACUCAUGGGGCUUGGUUGAGGGUGGCCAAAAGAAGCUUAAGACUAUAGUCCGACAUCAGGACUUUUCCGCCUUUCGACCUCAUUAUGGUAGCCUAGCAACCCAACUCUUAACGAAGAACCAGGCACCAUUAUUGCUAAUGUCUGCAACUUGUAGGCCAGCGGCAAUAACGGCUAUCAAGAAGAAUCUCAAGCUGCUCGACACACACAUUGAUCUCCUCCGCGAUGAAUUGACUAGACCCGAAAUACGCAUCCUGAGAAUCCCCAUGAAAAGCUCGAUCCAGUCUUGCGAGGACAUAUUACAGGUUUAUGAUCCGAAAUCUCAUAUUCCUGAUGAGCAACUUGUCCCAUCGUUAAUAUACAGUGGGACCAGGGUACGCACCCUUCAAGUCCUUGAGGUGCUGGACCAAGCUCGCGGCACUCCCGGCAAUCAUUUGAAUCCACGUAACUCGUUUGCCCGCCGCUAUCAUGCUUGCACAGGCGAGUUAGACAAAAAGGACGUAAUUGACGACUUUGCUUCCGGAAAAGUCCCAGUUCUAUCAUGCACCCUAGCUCUUGGGAUGGGGCAGAAUUGGAAGCUCGUUAGACAGAUCAUUCACAUUGGUCGUGGCGAUCCCUCCCUUAUCUGCCAGAUGAUUGGGCGAUGUGGCCGAGAUGGUCGCCCUGGUUUGGCUAUUCUUAUGGUUGAGACAAAUCGACCCAAUGGAAAAAAUAGUAUUGCCGACUUUCCACCCAAUCAAGUUCAAACAGAUGAAGACCGAAUGGAUGCACUUGCCAUCACUCCGGUGUGUCUCCGGAUUGCAUUCUCUAUGGAUAACUUAAUUGGUUACAUACCUCUAGAUUUCAAUGAUCCCCUUUACCAAGCUGAAAAGCUUCGUGAGGAACUUAAUGGAUUUGCACCCUGCAUGUGUUCCAAUUGUAUGGAGCAUGCUGGCAAAGUUUUGGUGCAGAAUCUGCCAAAUUUGAAUAAGGACAAUUUCACCGACUAUACAUUGAAUCGAGUGGCACUGAAUGCAGUUGCUACAACUGAAACCAAACGAAAAUAUACUAUCAACCAAAACGGGCCAACAACUAAGAAACAGGAACGAGUACGACUAGAGCCUUUGAAAAAGAUCUUGCAAGAAACAUUCAACAAUUUUUAUCUAAACAUGUACGGGGAAUCAGGCUCGUUGGUACCCAGUGAUCUCUUUGGUGAUUUGGAGGUGGAAGCAAUUAUUAAUUACUUUGGUCAGAUUCAAUCAAAACACGAUCUCCGACAGGUUAUAAAAGGGGAGAUGGUCAAAGGACAGCUGGAGGUUUUAAUGAAAUCGAUUGAGGGGUAUAGAGUGAGAGGGGCAAUUGAAACCAACGCUUUGGAGACCGGAGCACCAGACAAACCAUCAACAAGUUCCCAAACAAAUCUGAAUUCAAAUCCUGAUAAUUUCACUCCAGCCAAACGGCCUCGAAAGAAUGCAGUCUCGCCGGAAACCUUGAGGCAAAGAGAACAAGCUGCAGCCGAGAGAAAUAAAGCAAAGGAACUGAAAUUAGAACUACAAAAAAAAGAGCAAGAGGCAAAGGCUCGACGUUCCGCAUGGCAUCUUCAAAACAUGAAUGAAAUUAAAAAGGCACAUGGUCUACUUUAGGUACAAUUGUCUUGGAUUAUCUUUA